AUGUGUCCACGUUUACGCCUUGUCCAAUAUUUGUGUUUUUUAAAUCUUCUCGUUGUGUGUGUAUUCCUUGCACCAGUGGUCACAUGUGCCUACAGUAUCACCACUAUAGUAGGAACAGGAGCUCAGGGUUCAGGAGGCGAUUCUGGAAACGCUUUAUCUGCUCAACUGUAUUGGCCAAAGGGAGUAUAUGAAUACAAUAAUGAAAUUUAUAUUGCAGAUACUUAUAACCACAAAAUUAGAAAGGUUUCACAGACAGGUAUCAUUACAACCAUUGCAGGAACAGGUAAUCAAGGAUAUUCAGGAGAUUUGGGACUUGCCAUAAAUGCUCAACUUUCACUUCCAACCUAUGUGUAUGUGGAUUCCACAGGCGUAUAUGUUGCUGAUGCUGGAAAUAAUUGUAUUCGACGAAUUCAGAAUGACAGAAUUGAAACCGUCUUUUCCACUGGUCUUCAAAAUCCUUUGUUCGUUAGUUUCAAUUCGAAUCGCGACAUGUACAUUGUUGACGCGGAUAACAAUGUCUUGAAAAAAGUUUCCAACGGUGUUGUGUCCAACAUGGUAGGUUCAGGAACGAGAGGUUUCGGUGGGGAUGGCAGCUCUGCAACCUCUGCCUUGUUAGACCGACCAGCAGGUGCCUAUAUGUCCUCAUCCUCGAAUGAAAUUUAUAUUAGUGACACUUACAAUAAUAGAAUUAGAAAAGUUUCAUCUUCAGGUUUCAUUUCCACUCUUGCAGGAUCCACUCAAGGAUUCAGUGGAGAUGGAAACUUGGCAAGAGAUGCUCGAUUGGAUCAUCCUUCGAGAUUGCUGGUCAACUCGAAAGGCGUGUUGUUUUUUGCAGACACCAAUAACCAUGUCAUUCGAAAAAUAUCCGGUGAUAUCAUUACAACCGUUGCAGGAAUUGGUGGAUCCAAUGGAUUUAAUGAUGGAAGUUUUUACAUUGCGGAUUCUUUAAAUAAUAGAAUUAGAAUGUUACGUCCCCUCUGUAAUGGAGUGGUUUCGAAUGAUCCAUCUGUGUGCUCUGGUCGUGGCCAAUGUCUCGAUGAGGACACCUGUACCUGCACACAACCUUCCUUGUACGGUGGUCCAUAUUGUGAACUUCCCAAAUGCAACAACAAGCUCUCGAACGAGACUGGAGUCUGUAAUGCCAGAGGAACUUGCUCAUCACCCAAUACGUGUACUUGUACUGAACCUGCCAAAUUUGGAGGAAACGACUGUGAAUUUCCCAAGUGUUUUGGAAUUCUUCAAACGAUGGCAUCUACGGUGUGUAGUGGUCAUGGUUCUUGCGACUCUCCAGACGUGUGUCGAUGUAAUGCCAAAUGGACAGGUCCAGCAUGUGACAUGCCUAUCUGUUUUGGAAUGAAUCAAAAUGAAACGAGUAGGGUUUGUAGUGGUCGUGGAACUUGUAACGGUCCUGACCUUUGUGUCUGCAAUUCAGGAUUUACAGGUCAAUCGUGUGAAAAGUCAAUUCCUGUUCUCUUGGUCAACAAGAUGUUCAUUUCUCAAGGACAAACCAUUACAAUCACUACCAACGAGUUGCAAGCGUCUGAUCCUGUCGCCAAUGACUCUCAACUUCAGUUCAUUGUUAGUAACAUGCUUUACGGCAGAUUUGAAUUGAGUUCUGUGAGUGUCAAUGUUUUUUCACAACAACAGGUGAAGGAUGGUCAAGUGAAAUUUGUGCACACUGGAACAAACAAUCAACCACCUACUUUCCAAAUAACAGUUUCCAACGGUGUAGUUCAAACUUCUCAACAAUCUCCUUCCAUUACUUUCAAUGUUGGUCCAUAUGUGAAUGACAAGAUGCUCGAUCAGACCGUGCAAGUUGAUCAAGAAUUCAAAAUUCCAGUAUCGAAAAAUAUGUUCAUUGAUCCAGAUGGAGAAACUUUGACCUCUUAUGCAUCGUUGGAAACUGGACAACCACUUCCAAGUUGGAUUAAAUUUGAUGAAAAGACAUACUUUCUCAGUGGAAAGAGUUCAGAACCAAGUACGAACAAAUUCAAAUUCUACGUAGUGGAUAGGGGAAAUUUGAAAGCAGAAUGUGUGUUUUCAUUUAAGGUUGUGGCAAAUUCAGGAAGUUCAGGAAAUUCUGGAAACUCUGGAAAUUCAGGUCUUGGAGUUGCUGAUAUUGUUGGAAUUGCUGUCGGUAUUUCUACACCAAUUCUUACGAUUAUUGGACUUCUUGUUGGGGGAGGAGGUAUUUGGCAAUGUGUUAAACAUUUUAAGAAACCAAAGUCUACUUUAUCACCUGCAACGACUGAAAUUUCACUUGAAGAUACCUCAGCCACGGUGGCUCCAAAACCCGAAGUAUGA